ACAGAAUCUCCUCGUUUCCCUCCGGCUUCUCUUCAUCGUCAAUUGGACCUAUUCCCCCAAGUCCAUCAUGUUGUUCCGAGCUGCGUGGACCCGUCAGGCUGCGCCUUUGAGGCGUCAGGCUUUUGCUCCCUUUGCCCGUCGUUCCGUCACCACCGACGCCGCUUCGUCGCAUGCUGAAAAUAUUCCGCAGGAGGAUGACAAGCCUUUCACUGUCCGUCUCUCCGACGAGAGCUUCGAGACCUACGAAAUCGACCCUCCCCCGUACACCCUCGAGGUCACCAAGAAGCAGCUGAAGCAGAUGUACUAUGAUAUGGUCUCGACGCGGCGCAUGGAGAUGGCUGCCGACCGUCUCUACAAGGAGAAGAAGAUCAGAGGUUUCUGCCACUUGUCGACCGGCCAGGAGGCUGUCGCCACCGGUAUCGAGCAUGCCAUCACUCGCGACGAUAAGAUCAUCACUGCUUACCGUUGCCACGGUUUCGCCUACAUGCGUGGCGCUACCGUUCGCUCCAUCAUCGGAGAGCUGCUGGGUCGCCGUGAGGGUAUCGCCUACGGAAAGGGUGGUUCCAUGCACAUGUUCGCCCCCAACUUCUACGGCGGUAACGGUAUCGUCGGUGCUCAGGUCCCCGUCGGUGCCGGUCUGGCUUUCGCCCAGCAGUACAACGAGGAGCCCACCACCAGCAUUGUCCUCUACGGUGACGGUGCUUCCAACCAGGGUCAGGUCUUCGAGGCCUUCAACAUGGCCAAGCUCUGGAACCUCCCCGUUCUGUUCGGCUGUGAGAACAACAAGUACGGUAUGGGUACCUCCGCUGCCCGUUCCUCCGCCUUGACCGAGUACUACAAGCGUGGUCAGUACAUCCCCGGUAUCAAGGUCAACGGUAUGGAUGUCCUUGCCACCAAGGCCGCCGUUCAGUACGCCAAGGACUACGCCGUCGCCGGCAACGGUCCCCUGGUGUUCGAGUACGUCACCUACCGUUACGGAGGUCACUCCAUGUCCGACCCCGGUACCACCUACCGUAGCCGUGAGGAGAUCCAGCGCAUGCGCAGCACCAACGACCCCAUCGCCGGUCUCAAGCAGAAGAUCCUCGACUGGGGUGUCACGAGCGAGGAGGACCUCAAGAACCUCGACAAGGCCGCUCGUGCUCACGUCGACGAGGAGGUCGCCAUCGCCGAGGCUAUGCCCGUCCCCGAGAACAACUCUCGUAUCCUGUACGAGGACAUCUACGUCCGUGGCAGUGAGCCCCGAUGGAUGCGUGGCCGUACCGUCGACGAGACCUUUUACUACUAGAGGGUUUCUCUAACGGGUACGAUUCAGCUGGAGCAAGAAAAUUGUUUUUUUAAAGAAACACGGGGUGUUAUUAUACAGAUCUAGAAAACAACGAAAGGCAACAGCAGAGCAGGCUUGGCGGGCUCCUAUGCAGCAAUACCAUGCAUGUUAACUUAUUGUAAUUUAGCCGGGAAUUUUAUGGUUUUGCAUUUUUCUUCCUUUCUCCCCUCUCUUAUAGCAUUAGGAAUAGAUACUAUUGGAGAUUGUUUGUAUA